CGACCAAACAACCACUCGCCCGAAGAACGAAUCAAACACCUUUUUAACACCCAACGUCAAGCCGGAAACAUGGUCAAGAAAAGAGCUUCCAACGGUCGCAACAAGAAGGGACGCGGACAUGUCAAGCCUAUCCGUUGUUCGAACUGCUCUCGAUGCACCCCCAAGGAUAAGGCUAUCAAGAGAUUCACCAUCCGUAAUAUGGUCGAGUCUGCCGCCAUCCGUGAUAUUUCCGAUGCCUCCGUCUUCCCCGAGUACACCGUUCCUAAGAUGUACUUGAAGCUUCAAUACUGCGUUUCUUGCGCCAUCCAUGGAAAGAUUGUUCGUGUCCGUUCCCGAGAAGGACGUCGCAACCGUGCGCCUCCUCCACGUAUUCGGUACAACAAGGAUGGGAAGAAGAUCAACCCUAACCAGGCUGCUGCUAAGACUACUACUGCUUAAAUCUAGAGCUUUUUCAGGGAGUUUUAUGGCUUGGGUAAAUUAGGGUCGGGGUGGCAUAGGGGGGGGUUCUUUCAUGGUAAUCAAGGGGUUUCAUCAGUCAUGGAAUAAAAGCACCCUUUUUUUCGUUGUCCCAAAAUGUGAAAUUUGAAAUCGGGGUGUUUUUCAGAGAUCAUUUUCUUGUCGCGGUAGUGGUGAGUGCUACUUAAUAAAGCGAUACUAUUUUCUCAGAAAA